GUGCGCGAGGAUUUUAAAGCGUCGCCACAGCACUCGCACGAGCGUACGGUUUUUUAUUAUACCCCAGUGGAGCGUACCCAGCGACAAACAAAGAGGAGCCUUGUCAGCCAAGAUUUCUCAAGACGUAAAAAUGCUGGUGAAAUCAAACAGCGAGUAUGACUCCUUCCUCUACUGGAGACAGCCCAUCUCAGCCCCGGACCUGACCGAGCUUGAAGACCUGGGUGUGACCAACAGCAAGCCAACCAAGAAGAGCAAGAAGGCCACCAAGAAACAGAAUGCUGCCUUAGCCAAGCCAAGGAAGCAGCAAGAGGCACAGGAGGCUGAAUUGUCAGAGUACACCACCUUCAACUACUGGAGAGAGCCUAUCCCCAGCAUCGACCUCCUCGACUUCAACCUGCUUCUGUGAGAACCAUCCCCAUCUAAGCCUCCCAGUCAUAUGACCCUCCCUCUCCUCACACGGACCCCAUCUGGAUAAACAUGGAUUUUGUUAAGUUUCUGGUCCCAAGAAGAAGUACUGAAUCUGUAUUAGUCUGUACUGUGCAUUUUUGUUUAGGAACCCGCCCCUUUUAUUAAAAACAUUUUCACCUAAAAUGACAUACCCAAAUCUAACUGCCUGACCUGAAGCAAGGAUAUGCAUAUUCUUGAUGCCAUUUGAAGGGAAACACUUUAAAGUUUGUGGAAAUGUGAAAUUAAUGUAGGAGAAUAUAACAUAUUAGAUCUGGUAAAAGAUGGUACAAAAAAAUGCUUUUCUCUUUUUUUGUAUUUGAAAAGCAAGAGAAAGGCCAUAAUGCAUUAUUCCAGCCCAGGCACAAUUUAUAUUUUGGACUCUAUAUGGCAGCAGUGUAUGUGCAAAGUUAUAGACUGAUCUUAUGAAAAAUCGCAUAUCUGUUCAAAAUGUUGUAUCAAGACUGCCAAAAUGUGCCUAAUCAAGUUUAUAAUUGUGCACUCUCCUCAAACAAUAGCAUGGUAUUCUUUCACUGUAAUAGCUACUGUAAAUUGGACAGUGCAGUUAGAUGAACAAGAAUUUAAGCUUUCUGCCCAUAUCAGAUAUAUCUAUGUCCUGGUAUUUUUUUUUGUUACUUACAACCUCAUGCUAAUCAUAUUAGACUACUUAGCUCAACUAGGAGUGGCAGGGUAGCCUAGUGGUUAGAGUGUAACCGAAAGGUUGCAAGUCCAAUUCCCCGAGCUGACAAAGUACAAAUCUGUCGUUCUGCCUCUGAAAAAGGGGGGA